CAAUAUCCACCGAGAAGCCAGCUAUAUGCCAAGUACGUUGCCAAAGGGAUCUGAUUUAGAUCGGGGCUGGCCGUAUGCCCGGAUAUACUACUUAUCUUCAACACAUUCCGAAAAGCAACAGACAGUUGGCUCUGGCGAGAUAAAAAGUUCUUCUGUCGAGGAAGAACCACUAUGGGUGGCAGAAUUGACAGUCUUCUUCGAGGAAUGCAGCGAUAUCAAUCUCUUUAGGCCUGCUCGCGAGCUCAAGAAGAAUGGCAUCUCGUUUGCCUGCGCUUAUAGCACCAGGCCAGAUUCCGACAUCGUGGAAGAAUUGUACUAUGAGUAUGAUCAUCAGGAUCCAGAAGACGCCUUCAACAUCCUGUUUGAUGAUAUGCCACUACCUGGGUGGUGGCCGUGGCCGAAGGAAAGGACCUCAUGAGGAAUCAAACAAGGGUUCAAACGGAGAGGGACGCUGGGAGUUCUUCAGGGGCAAGAUCGAUGGAACUAGCCAUGGUGAAUUCCUCGAGCUGCAGCUUAUCAUGCGCAAGAUUGUGGCAGUUGCCGCGCAUAGGAUCUCUUUAUAGCGA